UCCUGGUGGGAACCUCUAAAGCAAAAAAAUGGUGGCUCUUCUUGCACGAGCCGAUUUUAAAUACCUUUUAAAGUUUGGUAGGCGCCAAGAGGAAGAACUGAGCACAUCCAAAAAGUCCUGUGAUUGCCUAGACGUAGCGCUGCACACCUAUAUAGAGAAUGUUAACUUUAUUGGAUGCUCAAAUUCUAAAGUUUUUAAAGAAAAAUUUGAAGACUGUGUUCAGCGCCUCGAGUUAAUCCCGCUUAAGGGUGAGGAGAUCGAUACCUUUGCGCUACCAGUUGCAAAGGAGCUCCUUCGCUGGCUGAGAAGCAAAGCGUUUGAAGCAAAGUAUAACUCCUCCAACUUUUUGGUUGAAUUCUUCGUAGCGGAAGACUCCAGAGACGGUGCGCUCAUCUGUUCAUUCCUUGAAGACUUUAAAUCGAAAAAACACAUGAGAGACUCAAGGGAAGGCGAAUCGAGUAAGCCUGUUUUCAACACGUACGACAGCAACAUUGAGGGAAGUAGCAGUGGAAAGAAAGCCAUCCACCUCUACGAGAGCGGCGGCAGCAGUAAUCUUUCAAAUACACGGGACGUCGAAGCUCCUCUUCUUGCAAGAGUCCAAAGCCACUCCGAAUGCAUGAAACGAUUGCCGUCAUACUUAAUAGUAGACACAAAGCGGCAGUGGCAUUCCCUUGGCAGCUUUCUGACCGAGCAGACCCCUAAUAUAUACCACUCUGCCACGGAGCUGGCGGGUCGUCCAUUUGAGAAAUUUUACCAAUACCUCAUCUGCAGCUCUGCGGGGAGGCGCUCCCUGUUGUUUCAGGAGGUCAUGACGCAGUGCGCCACCACACUUCUGGACAUGUUUCCUUUAAAAGAGUCGACAAACAGUGCGCUUCACUGGUGGCUUAAACUUUAUGAAACGUGGAAGGAGUAUUUUGUUUUUGUGCCCACUGUUAUAGAAAGCAGUGGCAAGAUUUUUGGUGCGUUUUCAAAGAAGCCGGGUUAUCAAUAUUUGCUGGAUGAUAUCUCACGCAUAAUUAAAAUGCAACUGGAUUUCUGUUUUGAAUCAUUAAAAAUUUCAGAAAAAAAUCUUCCCUGGUUCCUCUACGCACGCACUCACUUACUUUUUGCCACCGUUAAUACUAUAGGUACAACCUACCUGCUCAAGGGGAAGCACACCCGGUCCAUUGUAAUUUCCAAGGCUGAUCUCAUUAUUAACUUUUUGAACUCCAUAUUUAACAUGGUUGACCUAUCAACCCAUGCCAACUUAUUACAAAAAUGCAUCGAUUUUGUCUUUCGCUUGAGUGGAGUCCUUCUGCGCUUGAAAAAAAAGGAGACGAGCGUCCUUCAAGACCUCUGGCUAGCCACAGUGGCGUUGACAAAAAGAAAGGACCUUCCGAGCAUGAUACUCUGCUACUUUUUAAACGGUUUACAAAAACACUACGGAGGCCUUCUGGCUCAUUCCGCGCACAAGUUUCCUUUUCAACUCAUGUUUGACUCGUUUGAAAAUUUAAGCAGUAGCGAAAAGGGCAGCGUAGCUGGUGCCUUGCCGGUGUCUUGCGUGCUAAUGAUUUACGCUGGAAUCGAUAGACAAAAUGAAAAAUUAAUGGAAGAAAAAGUCUUAUGUAUGCUGCGUUGUAUAACUCACGCCUGCGAGGCCAAUGCACAACUGUACUCACAAAUGUUGCCCUCGGUUUUAUGUGCAACUUUCCAACCGCAGCAAAUACUGUCGCUUACGAUGGAGGAGUUUAUUAGUUGUGGAGCGCACAAUGGAAUAUAUAUAAGCAAAAUUAUAUUUGAAGUCAUUCGACUCUUAAUAACAGACGGAAUUAACCUGGAAAACGACCAACUGGUUUGCAGUUCUAUAAUAAAUUCUCUUAAUAAUUGGGUCCUGCAGAAUCCGCGAUACGCACACAUCUGCUUAACAGUAUUAUUUUUAGCGGUUUCCAAUGAAAAGAGAUCAUACUUUAUCCUGAGCUACGUGAUAAAGUUCUUUGCAUUCCCCGAACUAUUUCCAAAGCAGCUUUUCCACGCUCUUACUAUGGACUUCUAUAAAACGAAGAUGCUUGAGGCCGCUGAUCGCAAACUAUUAGUAAAAACGUUCAAAAGUGCUAAUUUGUCAAUGUAUGCCGAAGUUGCUGCGAUAUGCGAAUCAUGACAAGUAAUGCAAGAGCUCUACUUUAUUUUUAAUAAAAAAAUUCGUUUUUUAAAA